GAGACGCUGCGGAAUGGAAGGCAAAGAUGGAGAGAUCAUGGGCAGAAGCGGGAAAAGAAAAACUCUCCUAAUCAAAGAAUUGAAUUGGUGGAGCUGUUGAAUACCGGUGCCCCAAGUCAGCUGGCAGGCAUAUCUAGCUGCAAUUCUCCAUCGGUUCUAGACCCUGUGCUGUGCUGACGACACGCACCCGCGUGGUUUGCCUUGGCGUGGCGGUAAGGGGAAUCGACAGGUUAAGUGCCAGGCUUGUGCUCUUUGUUCCUGCAAGUAAAUAUAUCUAUCUGGGAGCACAAGGAAAGGCGCGCAUUCUCAAUUGCCUUCCUCAACCUGUUCAUUGUGUUCAAGAUUCCAGCUCUGGUUGAAAGGUACGAGCUGCAGAGGAGACCGAGGGUGUUUGGUAGGUAGGUAGGUGGUUCUUGCCUGGUGGAUUUCCUUCGGCGGCGCCGUAAAGACAAGAGGUUGCAGGCUAGGUGUUUGUGGAAUUGCGUCCUUGGCAUCAGUAGCGGCGGAAAGGCUUAGGAAGAACGGGAGGAGGAGGAAGGAUGACGAUGCCGUGGGGGCUUGCGGCGUACAUGGUGGACAUGGUCUGGGCGGUGCUCGCCGGGUGGGUAUCGACGUGCCUGUUGGUCGCCAACGAGAUCGCCCGCGGCAUGAGGGCCGGGGAGAUUGGCCCCUUCAUUGUCGGCUGAACUCCCUUUGACUCCUUCCUGAUUCAUUCAUGCAGAUAGUUUUUUGUCGAAGCCCGGUCCAUGGGUAUUCAUUGCAUAGUGUAUAGAACCCAUAAAACUCUGUUAGUGUUGCACUGAAUGGCUUCAGAGGUCAACAGAAGUGACAUAUUAUAGAUUGUGACGUUUUCCUCUCCUUUCCUUCUACAGUUUUUCUGCACUGCAUCUGUUGGAGAAUUCUUCUGUUCUGUAUAUACCUGUAAACAUUUGUGCAGCCGCAUAUAAACAAUCAUUCUUUGUCACCUGUCUUCGGGGGUAUUUAACUAUGUGUUGAUCAAAGAGCUAGCUUUGUAACAAUGUGGCAUGAGCUUCCACAAAAUCUGCUUCGUCGAGAUACUAACUUUGAUGGAUGGCUACAUCUAAUACAA